AUUGUUAUUUGCUCUUCUGAGAUGGUUUUUACAACCAAUGUGAGCUUGGGAGUUAAUAUUGCUGAUAAUGUCUUGGUGUACCAGCCUUUAAAGAUGUAUGCUGUCUUGGCCACCCCCAUAACCCUAUGGCUGCAAGAGCUUAAAUAUUUUAUAAUAGGAUAGGAUGUACAAUGGCUUUGUGUGUUCUUAUUUGAUCUCCAUUAUUUUCUCUAAAAUGUUUUUGCAUAUUUUUACCUGAGUUCAUUUCUUGUUACAUUGUUAUGUUUUUGAGUAUUUUGAUUUCUUUUUUUUUUUAACCAGGUAUAUGGUUUGAAACAUGUUUUCCUAGAUUGUGAUUUGUCUUUUUAUUCUCUUAACACUCUGCCUCCCUCCUUUUGUGUCUUUACUUUUCAAAAAAGAAAAGUUUUCCUAUCCAUGAACAUUGAAUAUCUCUACAUAUUGAGGUCUUUAAUUUUGUUGACCUUUGAUAAGGUUUUUUUUUUCAUAUUUGUGCAUAUCUCAUAAUAUUUGUAAGUAUUUCCAUUUAGAUGUUAACACUAUAUUUUAAAUUCUGAUCCCAACUGUUUAUUGUUUGUAAGAAAAAAUACACUUGAAUAUUAAACUUGUGUUCUGCAACUAUGCAAAAAUAAAUUAUGAAAUCAGGAAGAUUCUUCAAUUCUUGGGGUUUUGCAAUGUAGAAAUGUUUAUCUACAAAGCAACAGUUUCGUUUCUUCUUCUGCAAUCUGCAUCUUUUCUUGCAUUUAUCAUUUAAGACUUUGUUAUGAUGGUAGGAAGUGACAUCCUUGAUUCGAUUCUUAGUUACAUGCAUCAAAUUUCCAGUAAUUUGAAUUUUUAACUGCAGUGUGUCUUUGAUUUUGUUCUUCCUUGUAGAUGUUUUAUCAAGCCUUUCCUGCAAAUCAGCCAGACAGGGAUGCAAGACAUGUAAUAAAAGUGGAAUAUCAAGAAAAUGGCCCAUUGUUUUCAGAACUGAAAUUUUAUCAGAGAGCUGCAAAAAAAGAUUGUAUCAAAAAGUGGAUAGAACGCAAACACCUUGAUUAUUUAGGAAUUCCACUGUUUUAUGGAUCUGGUCUGACUGAAUUCAAUGGAAGAAGUUAUAGGUUUAUGGUAAUAGAAAGACUUGGAAUGGAUUUACAGAAGUUUUCAGAUCAGAAUGGUACUUUCAAAAAGUCAACUGUGCUACAACUAGGUAUCCGAAUGUUGGAUGUGCUGGAAUACAUUCAUGAAAAUGAGUAUGUUCAUGGUGAUAUAAAAGCAGCAAAUCUACUUAUGGGUUACAAAAAUCCGCACUGGGUUUAUCUUGCAGACUAUGGACUUUCUUACAGAUACUGUCCCAAUGGGAACCACAAACAGUACCAGGAAAACCCUCGAAAAGGCCAUAAUGGGACUAUAGAGUUUACCAGCUUGGAUGCUCAUAAGGGAGUAGCCCUGUCCAGACGAAGUGACGUUGAGAUCCUUGGCUACUGCAUGCUGCGGUGGCUAUGUGGGAAACUUCCCUGGGAACAGAACCUGAAGGAUCCUGUGGCUGUCCAGACUGCUAAAACAAAUCUGCUGGACGAACUCCCCGAUUCCGUGCUCAGAUGGGCUCCUUCUGGAAGCAGUUGCCGUGAAAUAGCCCAGUUUUUGGUCUGUGUUCAUAGUUUAGCAUACAAUGAAAAGCCAGACUAUCAGAUGCUCAAGAAGACCCUGAACCCAGGCGGCAUACCUUUGGGACUACUGGAGUUUCCUUCUGUGGAUCGAAGUGUCUGUGCACCGGCUCCAAAGGAACAGAAACAGGUCAGUUCACAAAGGACUGCAACAAAGCAAGUCAAUCAGGUGGCAGCUAGAUUAGUAGAAAAAAAAGUCCACAGUGAGAGAAGUGUUGAGUCCCGCACGACUUCAGGACAAGUACAAAGAGAGAAGGCGGUUGUGUCGGUGGACAAUGAAACAGCUCAGGAAGGCACACGGAAAAGGCAAAAAUAUUAUAAAUCUCAAGAGCUUUUGCAUGAAGUAAACAAUGUCCCACAAAAAUCGGGCUGUCUCCAAUUCCCAAAUCCAUUUUAUGAAACCCAUGAAGAAUGCACCGGUCCAGGUAAAUUCAGCAAGUCUGGAUCUGCGUCCUGGGAUACGUACCCUUCCACAUCUGGGAUGGGAGUCAGUGAUGUAGACAGUUCUACAGGUGUCUGGUCUAUGCUUUCCCAGCUGACUCUUAGUGACGAGGGAAAGGCAGAGGUGUACUAUUACGGCUUCAUCAUCAUUCUGCUGCUGGUGCUGGUAUGUCUUGCUUUGUAUUUUCUCUAAAGAUGUCAAAUAAAGUCUUUUGGUAAUUUUUA